AUGGCUGACAACAAUAUUUCCGUUGUUAACUCCAACCCUAAAAACACCACCACCACCUUCCAACCCUUCUUCACUAUCGUCAAUAUCAAACUUGAUAGAACCAACUACCCACUGUGGUUGGCUCAAAUGCUUCCUAUUCUGAAAAGUAGGGACCUUAUAAGGUAUGUUGAUGGCACGUUGUUGUGUCCCCCAAAACAUGUUGCAAACUCCACCACUGUCAACCCUGUGUACACGGCUUGGACCAAGAAAGGUGAUAUAUCCAUGGCUGAUUACCUUGAUUGCAUGAAUGCGAUAGCUGACAACCUCGCUCUUGCCGGGCAACCUGUGUCUGAUGAGGAACUUGUUCAAAUUGUGUUGAACAAUCUAAGACCAGCGUUUGAGAUGACUGUAAGUGCUGCACAAGCUCGGGAUACCCCUAUCGCGUAUCCAACACUUGAAUCACUCAUGUUGACUACAUAA